CUGCAAGUGAGUUAUUUAAAAUAAAAAAAAUAUUUUUCUUGCUUUGUAGGGGAUAGGAUUAGCACCAACUGGGGUUGCAUGGAUAAAAGCAGACACAAAAGCGAUAUUAGCGAUACACGAGAGCGUGAUAACAAACAACGCAAGAUUGUCAGUGACACACAACGAUUUCAAUACAUGGACAUUGAAUAUUCGUAAUGUUAAGAGGGAGGACAGAGGACAGUACAUGUGCCAAGUGAAUACGGAUCCAAUGAAAAUGCAGACAGCAUUUUUAGAAGUUGUCAUACCACCCGACAUUGUGUACGAAGAAACGUCUGGGGAUCUGAUGGUACCCGAAGGAGGAUCAGCAAAACUUGUCUGCAAAGCCAGAGGAUACCCCAAGCCAAAGAUAACUUGGCGAAGAGAAGAUUCAGGUUCCAUUUUAGUUCGAGGAAACCAUUCUGCCAAAAAGGAACGUGUAAAUUUUGUUGACGGAGAGGUCAUAACAUUAACAAAAGUAACUAGAUCUGAAAUGGGAGCUUAUUUGUGUAUAGCUGCUAAUGGAGUACCUCCAACAGUUAGCAAAAGAAUGAUGCUUCAUGUACAUUUUCAUCCCCUAAUACAAGUACCAAAUCAAUUAGUUGGAGCACCUGUAAAUACUGAUGUAACGUUACAGUGCCAUGUUGAGGCCUCACCAAAGGCUAUUAAUUAUUGGACAAGGGAAAGUGGAGAAAUGAUAAUCUCCAAUGAUAAAUAUUUUAUGACUGAAAUCAACAACUCAUACUACAGUGUCCAAAUGAAACUCACAAUCCGACUGAUAAACAAAUCUGAUUUGGGUGGUUACAAGUGUAUCUCGAAAAAUUCAAUAGGCGAUGCUGAAGGAAACAUUCGACUGUAUGAAAUGGAAAUUCAAAAGCACGAAGAUAUAGAAGACUAUGAUCAAACUGAGAUGAAUGAAGAAAUUGAGAACUCCGAAAAACGAUUAUACAAUGACUUUCAAGAUCAAAUAACAGGAAAUGAAGAGAACAAUCUGAGCUUAAAUAACACAGAAUCGAGUUCGAAAGUUAUGAUAGCGAAAAAAGUGUGUUUCAUACUAACAGUUAUAUUGCUUCAGUUUUAACAGAAGUUCUGAGGACACAGUGUAUAAAAAUUAUGUGAUAUGUGCCAAAUAUUUGUGCUUCGCCCCAAAUUAAACGCUGAAUGUCGUUGUAUAGCAAUUCGGCAGAAAAUGAAAUAUAUAUGUAUGUUGGUAAUAUGUUAAUUAAAAAAAAUGUCUUUUCGAAGGAAAGGUUAUUAUAAUGAAGACUGCUCAUUUUAGGCUAAUCAAAACAUGUACAUUGGCCAUUGCUUGCAUAUUUAAUUGUUUGUAUUAAUGCUGUAAACUUUUCAUAUCCUGCUGCUCAAAAUCGACUAAAAUAUCAAAUAUUGUUAAAAUUUUUAUCUAGUUAAAUUUUUAUUAGUUUUCUUACAAUGUUAAAAUAGAUGCCUGAAGGUGAGGUGUAAGUUAAGUUUUGUAAAUUUGCAAAUAUUUCCAAUAAAAAUUUAAAAACUUGCAAAAUUACACAAUUUACACAAUUUUUACCGUACAUUUUUUAAGUGGAUUUUUUUUUGUAUGUUUAAAUGCUUGUCUGAAUCUAGAAAAGUUUUUUAGGAGAAUGAGUGGAACACGAUACAGAGAGAACCUAGAAAAUGCAGGGAGUAGGUACAGUUUGCCAACCAAAAAAGUUUGCAAGAUGCAGUUUGGGCAAGAUUCCUUAAAAAAAAAACACUUUAUUUCUUGGCGUCAGUGUUGUGAUUUUUCUUUUAAAUAUUUUUUUGUGCAUGAGCAUGCCUCUGUUUAAAAUGAAAAUAUUUGUUUAUUCGAAAUCGCCGGCUCAUUUUGUCAUCAUCAAUAUUCUACUUUUCAACAAUGUAUGUACAGGGUCAUCCAAUGAGGACCGGAGAGAGGGGCUUAUUUUUGACAUUCCAUGUAUUUUUGAGAAAAUUUAAAAAUAGCCAAUUGGAAUAUUUUUUUCUGGAGAAUUCAAAAAUGGUACCAAAAAAUCAUUUGAACCAAAAACCAAAGAGUUAGGCUAUUGAUUGAUGAGUCGCAUUUUUUUACGUCGAUAUGUUGGAAACAUUCGAUGUUUCGAUAGCUGUUUUUAUUUUAUUUUAAUGUAUUAUCCUAAAUAAUUUCAGCUUUACCUGUUUAAUUUGUUAGGUUCAUAGAUGAUAAAGGUAUUUUAUCGCCAGUAUUAAACAGGUAAAGCUAAAAUUAUUGAGCAUAAAGCAUGAAAAUAAAAUAAAAAAAGCUAUCGGAAUAUCAAAUAUUUUCAACAGAAUAAUAGACUUUAAAAAAUGCCAAUUUUACAAAAAUCAUACAAAAAACAUGGUUCCAUUCAAAAAACAUUUCAUCCAUGGCGUAAGUCUUUGGUUUUUGGAUCAAAUGAUUUUUCGGUACCAUUUUUGAAUUCUCCAGAAAAAAAUAUUCCAAUUGGCUAUUUUGGAUUUUCUCAAAAAUACAGGGAAUGUCAAAAAUAAGCCCUUGUCCAGUCCUCGUUAGAUCACCUUGUACAUUGUUUCAAUCAUCUUUUCUUGUGCACUGAAAAAAAGGCUAGAAUCAACUUUGAUGCAAACUUUUAUAUCAUUCAAAGUGACAGCGAUGCUGUCAAUCUGGAUUGGAAAUCGAGAGGCUUUGUUUGCCAAGGUUUAAUUCGUAUUCGCUUUUCUUGAUAAAUUUCAGCAUUAUUUGGUUCUGAUAGAGCUGUAAUUGGGUAAACCGCUAUCAGUGCCAUUUUCUAUUAAAUAAGAACGCUGAUUGCCAAAAUAUAUUUUUAAAAACGAUGGAAAUGAGUCUACUGACGGUUUCCGAUCGGUAGAUUUGAUGCUCACCUAGUGCAUUUUUUUUUGUCGAGUUUUAUAAUAAAGUCUCAAGGUUAACAUCACAACUUGUGUUUUUAUUUUUUGCAAUGGUACAAAUCCAACAAAUUUGAGUCGUUCUGCAAAGCCGUGAAUAUAGUUACAGACAUUGUGAACAUUUGGGAAGCCUAGAAAAAGUAGGCGUACUGAAAUGACAAAUGACAGAAUGUACAGCAAAUGUUAACCAUAUACGUUGCUGCAAAUAGUUGCUAUGAGCGUUUUGCCGUUUUGAGUUUUUUAUUAUGUUAUCAAUAAUUAGAGAGUUGUAUUGUUAGACUGGCUAACGGGAAUGUAUAAUUUGGACAAAAUAAAAACUGUUUGUAAGUAAUUAUGUACAAAUUUUCGGGUAAUUUGUAAUUGAAGAUGAAAAACAUUAAAAAAAAUUCAAUUGGAACAUCUCUUUCUGGUCUUACGUAUUUUUCGAAGGUAGUAGGUAUUUAUCUACUGGAAUAGUUCGUUGUUACCAAAAUUGCAAGAAAUGGAUUCUGUCAUCAAAUUAUACAUCACCCAUUUAUUUCUGCGUUGACUCUCAAAUGUUUUGUUGUAAUAUUAUUUAAUAAUAAGUAUAAUUUUGAAAUGUUUUAAUUUAUUGGGAAAAAUGUUUAUAUAUACAUACGAUAAUAUAUUUAAGAAAAAAAGUUAUUUUAAAUCCA